UUGGUGGCGUUAGCAUGGAACUGGUACUGUUGAUCCUCGUGGGAUCCCUAAUAGGGAUUGCCUUUCUGGCGCUGCAGCAGCAUUACUCCUAUUGGCGGCGAAUGGAAGUACGUGAAAUCAGCCCCAAAUGGAUAGUGGGCAACCUGAUGGGACUGCUCAACAUGCGGAUGAGUCCCGCGGAAUUUAUAUGCCAAUUGUAUAAUCAUCCCGAUGCGGAAAAAGAACCCUUCGUGGGCAUCCAUGUGUUCCACAAGCCGGCGCUGCUUUUGAGAGACCCCGAAAUGGUGAGGAAUAUCCUGGUCAAGGACUUCGCUGGAUUCUCCAACCGGUACUCGAACUCCGACCCCAAGGGCGAUCCCUUGGGAUCCCAGAACAUAUUCUUCCUGAAGAAUCCCGCCUGGAAAGAGGUGCGUUUGAAGCUAUCGCCCUUCUUCACCGGCAAUCGACUGAAGCAGAUGUUUCCCCUGAUCGAGGAGGUGGGCGCCAGCUUGGAUGCCCAUCUCCGCCAGCAGCCGCUGCACAACGAGCGGAUGCGCUGCUUCGACUUGGAGGCCAAGGAGCUGUGUGCUCUCUACACCACGGAUGUGAUAGCCACAGUGGCGUACGGAGUGAGUGCCAACAGUUUCACGGAUCCGAAGUGCGAGUUCCGCCGCCAUGGACGAUCUGUGUUCGAGUUCAACCUGCGGCGUGCGGCGGAGAUCACACUGGUGUUUUUCCUGCCCCACCUGGUUCCGUUACUUAGGUUCAAGGUGGUGCCGGCUGAGGCCACUCUUUUCCUUCGCAAGACCAUCAACUAUGUGAUGUCGGAGCGAGAGAAAUCCGGACAGAAACGCAACGAUCUCAUCGACAUUCUCAUUGAGUUCCGUAGGAGCACGCAGAUGGCGAAGGAAUCGGGGAUCAAGGAUCAAUUUCUGUUCGAGGGCGACAUCCUGGUUGCCCAGGCUGUACUCUUCUUCACCGCCGGCUUUGAGUCCUCCUCCUCGACCAUGGCAUUCGCGAUGUACGAGUUGGCCAAAGAUGCGGACGUACAGCAGCGCCUGCGCGACGAGAUCAAAGACGCACUGGUCGAAAGUGGGGGUCAGGUGACGCUAAAGAUGAUCGAGUCACUAGAAUUCAUGCAUAUGAUUCUGCUGGAGGUGCUGCGCAUGUAUCCGCCACUCCCGUUUUUGGAUCGCGAGUGCACUUCUGGGAAGGAUUACUCGCUGGCGCCGUUCCACAACAAGUUCGUGGUGCCCAAGGGCAUGCCCGUUUACAUACCCUGCUAUGCCCUGCACAUGGAUCCCCAGUACUUUCCUCAACCGCGAAAAUUCCUGCCUGAAAGAUUCUCCCCCGAGAAUCGCAAGCUCCACACGCCCUACACCUACAUGCCCUUCGGCCUGGGUCCGCAUGGCUGCAUCGGCGAACGUUUUGGUUAUCUCCAGGCGAAGGUGGGUCUGGCUUACCUGCUGCGCAACCACAUGAUAACCACCUCGGAGCGCACACCCCAUCGCAUGCAGCUGGACCCCAAGGCCAUCAUUACCCAAGCCAAGGGCGGCAUUCAAAUUAGACUGGUUCGCGAUCCUUUGGGCGUCUAACUCACCUGGAUAUGGGAUAUGGGAUAAUCUGGAUACUUCUUUCCUGGGUGGGGAGCCUAUGGAGCCAACAACAACUGAAUGGAAACUAAGCACCGGAGUCGCGUGUUUGGGGGUUAAAAAUUGAGCUGGUGUCGCAUCUUAAAGGCAAUUUGAUUGGCAAAUUGCGUGUUCCAUCGCCGGCGAAUAUACACAUAUAAUACAUCUUUAGAUCCAAACUCAUCUGUAUAGACUCUACUUAUUCCCCAGAUGGGAGCUAUUGGUUUAUUGUUACAUUUUGGAGAUGCCUUUGCACUGGAUUUAUAAUCGUGAAGAUUGCAUUUAUUGCAUUUAUUUAUUGGUGGCGCAAUUGAGUAGCUAGCUGCUCAGCACGCAGAUUAAAUGUAAUUAGAUAAUGAUUUUGUUUUUAUUUAGUAGACUAGGCUGCGCUGCUGACACACGGAUUAUUGUAUAAUGUGCAUCAUAACUCAGGCGAAUGCCAGCUGUCAGAAGGCGAUUACCCCAUCCAACUAA